AUGCAUCUCAUUCUGGUGGACUGGAAGACUAUUAAAGGCACAAGAGCAGACCAGGUCUCCCUGGGUGAAGAUGCAGAUGAUGUGCCCCAUGUGGUUGCUGUGGAGUCCAGAAACAUGGCCAGUAUACUCAAGCCAAUUCCAAUUGUAUCGCUGAAGCACUCGGCCUUACCAAUGGUCAGUCUUGAUGGCUUUGAAUUUAUCCCUCCUGUUUCCUUUAUUUUAAACUCUGGAACUGGGCCAGUCUACCUCAAUGGACAACACCUGAUCUUGGGAGAGGAUUCCGACUACGAGCCCAGCGAAGGCGAUGCUCCAGAGGACAUGGACACUGGUGAAGGCAGUUAUGAAGAUGUGAGCGAAGCCAAGGCAGAAGCGCAAGCGGAAGAAACAUCUAGUGAAAGAUGAUGUCCAGUUUCCUUGUUGUAGCAAGAAUCAUAUGGAGGACGUCUGUUUGAAAAACAACUUUAAAUAACUCCAUAUGUUACCAAUGGAUUGUGC